AUGGGAGGGUGUCUCGGGAAGAAGGGCGGGCCGAGCACGAAGGAGGUUGCAGGGUACCAGAACGUUCGCAAGCACAAGGGAUCAAGGGAGGCGACGUGGCAGCAGACGGGAAUCGUGGGUCUGGUGGACGCACGACUCAACGCGCUCCCAGCGGCCGUGUACCGCCUGGGCUCCGUCGCAACGGUAGUCAACGCGACGAACAACAGCAUAUCUACAUUGUCGCCGGAAAUCGGAUCCCUCACAGCCCUCAAGAAGCUGCAUUUGGGCCACAACUCGCUCGCGACGCUGCCCGCAGCCCUCGCGUCGUGCACCAAGCUUCAGCUCCUGGACCUGUCGUACAACAGGGCGCUCGCCGCGCUGCCGGACGGCCUCGCCGCGCUGGCGCAGCUCCGGACCCUCAAGCUGCGCGGCUGCGCUCUCCGGGCCCUGCCCGACAGCAUCGGGGCUCUACGGGAGCUCCAGAGCCUCGACGUGUCAGACCAGGAGGGACGCGCGCUGCGGAGCCUGCCGGACUCGAUCGGCGGGUGCGCGAACCUCGAGGAGCUCCUGUGCGGCAACAACUCGAUCGAGGUGCUUCCCGUGGCGAUCGGCCGGCUGCAGCGGCUGAAGACGCUGGACGUGCGGAACAACCACGUCACGGAGGUGUCGGGCGACAUUCUGAGCCACUGCGGCGCACUGCAGCUCAUCAACCUGCACGACAACCCCAUCAGCGCUGCCGUGUUCGUCCAGACGCCGGGGUACGCCGAAUUCGAGGCGCGGCGAAAGCAGCGCUUCGACAAGGUCAUCGAGGGCGGCGCGCUGCUGGGGCCGUCCGGGCUCGACGAGGGCUUCAAGCGCGACCUGAAGCCACAAGGCUAG